AUGAGAGGCAAGUUACCUUCCACAAAUUCUUUCAUAUCAGCAGAAUCUGAUUCCACUGUCGUGGAAGAACAACCCAAAAAGCUUAAAGGUGAGCCAAAAGAAGUUGAAAGAACAACCGAAUACCCUGAAGCUCCUCAUUCGUUGUUCACCAACAGAGAGAAGUACUUCAUCGUGGUAAUAAGUGGUAUGUGCGGUUGCUUCUCAAGCAUUUCCUCGCCAAUUUAUUUGCCUGUGUUGCCUAUAAUGGAAAAGAAGUUUGGAGUUUCCGAAGAACAGAUGAACAUCACUGUGGUGGUAUAUUCAAUCUUUCAGGGGUUAUCACCAGUUGUGUUUUCCAACUUUUCAGAUAUCUUUGGAAGAAGAAUCAUUAUCCUAAUAUGUAUGAUGAUUUACAUAUGUGCCAAUGUCGGUCUAGCACUUAAUUCUUCCUUUGGAGGGUUGGUAUUUUUGAGAUGUCUUCAAGCUUUUGGUAUAUCACUGACAUUUUCUAUUUCAAGCGGGAUUGCCAGUGAUAUGACUACCAAAAGUAAUAGAGCGGGAUUCAUAGGACUAGCAUCAGGGUUAUCGUUACUUGGACAAGCAUUUGGUGCAUUAUUGGGAGGACUUAUUUCUUCUGCUUUCAAUUGGAGAGCCAUCUUUUGGUUCUUAACUAUCGGUGCAGGUGUAACGCUAAUCAUCGUGUUAAUUUGCUUACCAGAAACAGCAAGAAAUAUCGUAGGAAACGGUGCAACCUUACCGGAGAAAAGAACAUUCAUUUCAGUGGCUCCUAUUAUGCAUCUUCCCAAUAUUAAGAGAAGAAGAGAAAUAACAGAGAAUGUAAAGGUUGAUCAUCCAAAAAUAGAUUUCCUAGCACCAUUCAAAAUCAUGGCUUCUUUGCCAGUGAUUCUUAUUCUUAUACCUUCGUCUAUAUGUUAUGCAUUAUGGCUUAUGAUGCUAACCACAAUGUCCACCUCCUUAACUAAAAAGUACAAUUAUACUCUUAUUCAUGUUGCCUUGGCAUAUAUUCCAAGUGGGAUUGGGGGUUUAACCGGUUCCAUCACCAUAGGAAGACUUCUUAAUUGGCAAUACAAAUUAAGAUACAAGAAGUACUUGAACGAUGUGCAAUCCUUCAAAGACAGAUCAACAGUUAACGUCAGAAACCAAUGCGUCAAAUUCAAUAUCUUCAAGGCUAGACUUUAUUUGGCUAUGGUACCUGUUUCACUUUGCGUUAUUGGCUCCUUGAUUUUAGGUUGGUCGAUUGAAUAUAAGCUUCCAGUUGCUUUAAUAAUGUUUUCCACAUUCAUUAUAUCCUUUGGAGCCAUGAACUUCUUAACUAUUUCCACUACUGUGUUGGUAGAUCUUCAUCCAGGGAACUCAUCUGCUUCGUCUUCCUGCGUCAACUUGACCAGAUGCUUAACUGCAGCUGUGUUUGUGGCUGUUCUUUCUUCCAUGUCAACCACCAUGACAAUAGGAGGAUGCUAUACUUUCAUGGCUGGGCUUGUGGGUUUCUGCAGCUUAACCAUUGUGUAUAUCAUAUAUAAGUCGGACAAAUGGAUAUAG